UCUAUUUAAUUAUAUCAUCAGAGUUUCUUAAUUUUGUUACUGUUGUUAUUCCUGGCUGAAUAUAUUUAUGGCCUAGGUAUUGGAUAUAUUAAGAUAUUUAGCAGCUUAACUUGUGUCUAGCCAUUAGAAGCUGGUAGAAUCCUAACUCCCAGAUGUGACAACCAAAAUGUCUCUAGACAAUGGAAAGUAUUCAUUGUGGAAUAAAAUGUGCAUGGAAUGAGAACCGUUCAUCUAUUUCCAUUUCCCUUUCUUUCUCUAAGUAUGCAUAGUAGUCUUUGUGACAGAUGAGUUUAUUUUCAAAUAUCCUAAAUUGGAUAGUUUGGAUGUAUCUUAUUUAUACUAAUUUGGCAUACUAAAUUAUGCCAAGGAGAUAAUACAUGAAAUCUAUUGACUCUUAUGAUGUAUCCAUCCAGAAUAGAUUUUCUACUAAACCUGCAUGGAAAAAGAUAAUCUAACAGGGCUGAAUGAAUUCAUUCUCAUGGGAAUCACAGACCGUCCUGAGCUGCAGGCUCCAUUAUUUGGGCUCUUCCUCAUCAUCUAUAUGAUCUCAGUGGUGGGCAACCUGGGCAUGAUCAUCCUCACCAAGAUGGACUCCAGGCUACAAACACCCAUGUACUUCUUCCUCAAACACCUGGCUCUCACCGAUCUGGGUUAUUCAACAACUGUAGGACCCAAAAUGCUAGUCAAUUUUGUUGUGGAUCAAAAUACAAUAUCCUAUUAUUUUUGUGCUAUACAGCUCGCUUCCUUUCUUGUGUUCAUCAUUAGUGAACUUUUCAUUCUGUCAGCGAUGUCUUAUGAUCGCUAUGUGGCCAUCUGUAACCCUCUGCUCUACCCAGUCGUCAUGUCACAAAGUGUGUGUCAGGUGCUAGUGGCAAUCCCCUAUCUCUACAGUGCAUUUGUGUCUCUUCUAGUCACCAUGAAGAUUUUUAGUUCAUCCUUCUGUGGCUACAAUGUCAUUAGUCAUUUCUACUGUGACAGUCUCCCCUUGAUAUCUUUGCUUUGCUCAAAUACACAUGAAAUUGAACUGAUUAUUCUGAUCUUAGCAGGCUUUAAUUUGAUUUUUUCCCUUUUGAUAGUUAUUGUGUCUUACCUCCUGAUCCUUACAGCCAUCGUCAGGAUGAACUCAGCUGAAGGUAGGCACAAGGCCUUCUCCACCUGCGGGUCCCACCUGACAGUGGCCACAGUGUUUUAUGGGACUCUGAUAUUUAUGUAUGUGCAACCUGAGUCCAGUCAUUCCUUUGACACUGAUAAAGUGGCGUCUAUAUUUUACACCCUUGUUAUCCCCAUGUUGAAUCCCUUGAUCUAUGGCUUGAGGAACAAGGAUGUAAAAUGUGCCGUACAAACAAUGUGGAAAAAGCUGUGUAAUCUUUUUUCUUAAAGUUUGGAUACAAUAUUAUCCCCGUAAGUUAGGAUAUGGGCUUCAAACUUUGUUCUGUAUGUCACUGGAAGGAAUCAUAGGAAGCACAAAUGUGUUCAACAUACAUUUGGAAGUUGUAUUCUAAGUGCCAAUCACACUUCUAUGUGUUGUAAAUACGUUAGCAUACAAAUAGAAAAAAUAUUAUAUUAUAAAUAUAAUAAUUAGGUACAAUUUAUGGUAUAGUGGAAUUUGUCAAGACACCAUAUACCAUAGGAUAUGGUAUUCCAUGCAGGUAAGAUAGUGGGUAUGCCAUGCAGGAGUGAGGAAGAAAAGAAGGCACAAAAAGAGAGUUCAAAUGAUUCUUGUGUUGUUCUCAACCAAUAGAAUGAAUCUCUCAGUGUGUGUGUUUGUGUUUGUGCUUAUGUGUUUGUGUAAGCAUAUUCUUCUCCCUUAGCCUUUAUACUCUUCUUAUGGCAUGUGUUGAAAUCAAACUUCAAGGCUUCAAGGAGGCUCAAAGUAGCACUAUGAUUGGAAGUCAACAGUCAUGUGAAUUCACUCAAACGCCCCAGUACCAUGUGGGGGAUUUCGAGGUCCUGCUCUUCUCAUCAGUUGCAGUUGUUUCUAUAGAUAAGCCCUAGUAAGUCUAUUGACUCAACAUACUUAGAUAUGUAGUAACUCACAACAUCAGUGCCGCAUUUCAUCUUAAUCAGUCCAUUUCUCUAUACCAGUAGAUAUACAAAUUAAGAUCAAUUUUCUUGAUUAUAGUUAAAAACACUCCAUUAUAUACUUUAAAGAUGCUAAGAGAGUAAAUCUUAAAUAUUAUCCAUGCAAAAAACAAAUGGUACUCAUGUGAUAUGCUGGAGACUUCAGCCAAUGUUAAAUUUUAGUCAUAUUUCAGUACAUAAGUGUAUCAAAUCAACACACUGUACAUCUUAAACUUACACAAUGUUAUAUGUCCUUUAUACCUCAAUAAAGCUGGAGAAAAGAAAGAUAAAUUUCUUGAGGUCUCCCAGAGAAGCUUCCAAUUUUUUUGUUUUAUGGUUUAUUGGGGUCUUGAUCUCUAAGUGCUGUGUUUGUCUAAUGAGGUUGUUACACUUUCUUAUCUCUGAAAAAUAAAAAUACUUAUGGCUUAAAAUUCAUUUUCUAAUUGGUUUUGUGUCUUUGCAUAAGAAGUCUAUUCUAUGUUGAAUUAGGUUUGUUGCCUUUUUCAUGGGAUAACUUUCUUUGGUAUUGGUUCUUAUAAGCUUGUAAUAUAUUUUUAUUGGGAUCCAUUGUUUCACUGCAUUGAUUUGAUGAUCCCUAGCUAAGAAGCACAAAGAGAUAAUCCCAUAAUUUGGCCUAUACUAUAUUUCUAGUGAAAGUUUAGUAAGGUAUGAAACAAGUUAUAUAGUAUAGGUUACAUCUUCUGGAAAACUUCCUCCUAACCAUUCUGAUUUUCCACCUUUUUGUUUACUUCUAGCUUUUUUGUCACUCAUGGAAAUUUACUUACAUCACAGAGAGAUUGGGCUGUUUUCUCUGUCCUCCAUCAUGGAAUAAAAUGUUCUAUAUAGUCAGUCAAAUUUGAAUCAAAAUAACUCUUUGGAACAAAAAACUCCACUAUAUGUAUAUCUUUAUCUGAGGAUACUCUAUAGAAUUUAUGUCAUUAUUUUUUUCAAUUAUUAAGAAGAAAUAUGCACUGAUGAAUUUUGGAAUAUAAAUACAUGGAAAUAAUUUGUUUCCUAGAGGCAAAAACUCAUUAUUGGUGGCUGCCAAGAUUAUGAAAAUGCUUACACUGAUAUUUUUGGUUAUAUAUUUCCCCAUAUUAUCCUUAGUAAAUGAUUAUAACUUUUGAAAUAGAAGAAGGUAAAAGUCUCCAAUACCUGAAUUUGAAAACUAUAAGCUAACUCUACAUAACCUGCUAUCCCACAUCUAAAACAAAUCUUGUACCUUUCAAUUCCCUCAAAUGAUAAACCAGAAACAGAACAAAAUACAUUGAGAUUUACCAAUU